AUGGCAGAGGGGAACUCGAAAGGGUUGACGAAAGCCCCCAAGAUUACGAACCGUGGCGACGAUGAUGUUGUUGUUGGUUUCGAUAGGUUGAGCGAUCUCCCCGACAGCAUUCUGCAUCACAUUCUGUCGUUCCUCGACACGAAAUCCCUCUUUCAGACCGGCUUCCUGUCUAGGAGGUGGGGAUGCAUGUGGAAAGAAGUUCCUGCUCUCUAUUUCAGUUGCAACUACUUCAGAAGCAUGUCAAGCUUUGAACAACAUGUACUCAAGUUCCUGUCGCUUCGAUCCAACAACUCUGCAGCCGUCUCCAGCGUUACCUUCAAAGCUUGGAGUUGGAAAGGUAAGGACUCCAAAUCGUGUUUUCUAGACCUGUUCGAUAGGGUCAUGAAACAUGCUGCGUCGCAAGGUCCUCGUCGUAGUCUUCACCACUUGUCCAUUUGCCUGUCUACAUUGGACUGUCGUCCAGACUUUGUGGACUCCGCUGCCUCCAUUAAGGCUCAUCAUCAUCAUGAGUCUCUCAAGACUCUAAAUUUGAAGUUAUGCACUCUGACGUUUGGUGGUACUGGUGCAACACCUUUCUCUGGCUUCAAUCUUCUCACGAAUCUGGAACUAAAAGGCUGCCAUCUGUAUCACCCUGUAGAGCCUUUCGUUGAUCUCCCUUGUUUAAAACACCUCAAGCUAGUCGAUUGCAAUCCAUGGUCGUCAAGCUUAUUGAAAGUGUCUGGAUCUGAGCUGCUCGACCUCCAAAUUCAAAACCCAGUUGAGAGAUCUGGGAAAGUUGAAGUCUUUGCUCCAAAGCUGAAAUCUUUCUGCUUUUGGGGUUGUGUGGAGCAGCUCGGCCAGUUGAACCUUCCUUCUCUCGACCAAGCCAGUAUCCGAGUCCGGAUCAAGCAGAUGGAAGCUACUAAUCGAGCUUGUGUGAAGCUGCUGCCUCAACUGCAUAAUGUUGAAUCUCUCAACUUUCGCUUUGACAAGGUGACGAAGAACCAAGGGCGUUGGGAACAACACGAGUUUCCUCUUAUCAGCAGCACAGAGUUGCUGGCGGGGCUAGAAGUCUCUCCUUUUACCAGACUGAAGAGCUUAAAAGUACAUGAGAUCGAUUUUUGGUGA